GGAAGCCACAGACACAAAAACAAGCGUUGGCCGCCGGUGUUGUUGUCAGCUUCGCUCGAGAGAUACAGAUCCCAACAUAACCAAUAUAUCUCCGCUUCGCUGAGUUUCCUCGACGUCCAGGCGUUUGCGAAGGAUCAAUCGCAAAUAUGUCGGCGACGACGAUUGCAUUUCCAUUUUCAAGCUCCGUCUCUACCGACUCGAUUGCGACAAUUGUGACCGGCAAGCGGUUACAGAUCCCACAACAGCGCACCGGUGCCCGGCUUUCCAUCAUCGAGAAGGAAGUCGCAAAGAUCCAUGAGUACCGUGUUGUGCUCCGCAAGAUGGACCCGAAGCCUAGAGCAAAGCUGGGAAGAGUCGUAGGAGGAAAGGUUGUGGUCCACGACGUCUGCCCGGUCGUAGUGGAGGGAAAGCAGGCAGAGGUUGAAGCAUCCGAGGCUGUCUUACUACAGGAGCCCGAGAAGGAGGAGGAGAUCGAAUAUGUCAACUACGACGAAUGCUCCUCCUCGGAAGAUGAAGACGAUGAAGACGAAUUCCCACCGAUGGAAGCACUCCCGACUCCCGACCUCCCAUCUACACCCAAGUUCAGCACCCUCGACGUGUUCGGUCCUUCCAUUCGUCGCAUCUCCACAGCACCAUGGGCUGCCGGCAGCAACACUCCACCCGUUCUUCAGCUCCCAGCACUUGAUCCGCCAAGUCCGACAAGCUCUAUCAACAGCCCGCUGCCUAGCCCGCUCUUCGACAUGCAUGACGUUGAAAGAGCCGAGUACUUCGAUCGGAUACCCAGCCCUCCGCCGAGCAUCAAUGUCGGACAGUUCGACACCGACUGCAAUUGUAAGGUGGUAAUCGAGAAGCCGAAGGGCACUGGGUUGAGGAGGGUCUUGAGCAGAUUGAGCAUUGUUCCGAUGUUGGAGAAGAGACGUUCGAUGAUAUCUCUCCGCUCUCAACGUUCAAGGGAUUCCCUUGCACUUGGCUCACCUCCGACGCAGGAAGUCACCGAGCAUACCCUCAAUAAGAAGAAGUCCAGGAGCUGGCUCUUGACCGCACUCCAAGGCAACUUCUCAUCCCUCUCUCUCUCCUCCGCAUCUCGCCGAGCAUCGAUCAUCGAGCGACCCUGCACACCUAUCCCACCCAUGAACAACAGCGCCAAAUUCCUCACCAUCAGCGCUCCCACGGACUUCAGACGCACGAGCUCCUACGGCGACAGAGUCGGCAAAGCCCCCCGCAUCCCAAGCUUCAUCGCAGAAGAAGGACUCGCAGACAAAAUCUCCAAGUCGAUCGAAUUGGAACGAAACGCAGAAACACUUGCUUGAAGGAACUCGGCACACAAAUGAGGUCCCUUAUACCCCGGAUACAAUUGGUACUGGAGUUUUAUGGAAACGGACGCACGGUGAGAGAAGAGGAGCUGCGGAGUUUUUACUUUUGUUUGCUUACAGACGUCCAUUGCGUUGCAAGGCAAUUGGAGAGAGCACAACGGCAUAAUCGAUAAUCAUGAUCAGCAUACAACCAACAUGGGCAUAGCAUCGUGUGUGGGAAGAGAAAGCAGACAUAUAUCAUACUCAAGCCCUCUGCCGGGGCAGAUACCCCUUUCUUUAUUUCUCUAUAGGUUUACAGUACUUUACACUCAUUACUCAUAAUUGAACUUCAC